AUGUGCAAGAUUAUCCCUCUCCCCAAACCGAAUCACCUCCGCCAAAAAACCCCCACAGCGCUCCAUUCGACUGGACCAUUGGCAAAACACCGAGGAGGCGAAAAAAAGACGCGAGCGAAUGCCCCACCCGCUGCAGCGGAGCAGUGCAUAUGCGCGGACUCCGGGGUCGCCUCGGCAACGCUCUCGAGCGAAUGGCGUCGUUUUUAUGGCAAGGCAUUCGGCUGGGUGCUGCCCAGGAGAGCCCGCCCUUCGCUUGGGGACCUCGCAAUGACCUCAAGAUACACAUUUGAUGGACAAUGGGGGCGAAGAGAGUUGCUGGUGGCGCAAUAUUGCUAUUUGAGGCCAGAUUGUGGGAAAGAGCGGAGAUAG